AUGUCCCAGUGUACUGCGACAGAUUACCUUCUCCACUUCUCCCUUCGCAAUGGUACGGACGUAACAAUCUGCGGCCUACCGUAUGACGCAAAGAGCGUCUGUGGGUUCUUCGAGCAUGAUGCCGCUGUUGGUCCUCAGCUUUGCUGCUCACCACUGGAUAACCUCUCGUCUACUGCUGUUUGUCAGUUCACCAUAGGCCAACGUAUCGGACAAUUUAUCGACGCUUUGUCCUCGAUCGCGUCUGGGAUCGCGGUUCUCUGUGUACUGUUUUACUCUGCGCGUCGCCAACUUCGGAAACGAGGGUUCCGUCUCUUUUCACGGCAUGGUUCAGCGCUUCAGCGAGACGACGUUGCAGAUUCGACGCUAUUCUUAACUCUCAUGUUAGCGGAUCUGAUUCAAGCUGUGGCGAACAUUCCAACGAUCAAGUGGAUGAUGGAAGGGUUCAUUGGUGGCAAUGACCCUGUUUGUGUAGCGCAGGGAGCGCUGAAGCAAGUGGGCAUCGUUCUCACAGCUCUCAGCUCACUUGCCAUCGGCGCACAGACGUUUCACGUCUUAGUGCGUCGCCGACCCAUUGUGAAGUCGCACUCCCUGUGGGUUGUUGCCUUGCUGUGGAUCGCAAUCGCCAUAGACGUCGGUGUGCCUAAUGCUGUCUACAAGAACGCCAGCCCGCCGUACUAUGGGAGCACCGGUUUCUGGUGCUGGAUUGACCCCUGGUACAAAACCGAACAAAUUAUUACGGAGUACCUGUGGAUGUGGAUCAGCGCCAUUGUGAUGCUAGUUCUCUACGGGAUCAUGUUCUUCGUCAUGCGUCGCUCGCCCGAGCCGGAGGAGGAGGCCAUCGAGGACCAAGCCAUCGCUAAGAUGAUGCUUCUCUAUCCAGCUGUCUACAUCUUCUGCAUCGUCCCAAUCAGCAUCACCCGAUGGCUACAGUUCAGUGGAGCCAGUAUCCCAUACCAAGCAACCCUCUUCGGAUCGUCAAUUUUCGCGCUGAAUGGAUUCCUCAAUGUCCUGUUGUUUUGGUUUACCCGACCUGAGCUCGUCAGAGGGGCUCAAUCAGGGACAGGCUCUCUUCAAGGUGUGGUAUUGCCGACGCACCAACAUGAGGGAAAUGGCCCUGUAGUACAGGUUGGGGGACACCGUUCAAGCUUCAGCGUGCAGAAGCAUCGUAGAGACGGUGAUGCCAUUCCUGGAGAAAUCAAGGAUGACGGCUCGGACGAGAUUGGACGUCCACCACCGUCCUUUGGGCCUUCUAGGUAUUACUGA